AUGUCAUCACAACUACCCAAGCUGGCCCCCAGGCCAUUUGGAGAGUUGCCACUAGGCGCAGGUAAAGUCAAUCCCAAAGAGCACACAGAGCGAGAAUGGGAAGCCCAGCGGGGGGUCAUUGAGCAUCUCUACAUUGGUGAAAACCGAAGGCUGGUUGAUACCAUGACCAUCAUGACGUCCAAGUAUGGGUUUGCGGCGACAGAGCAAAUGUAUAAAAAGCGGUUGAAGAAGUGGAACUUGCGCAAAAGAGCGUACCGCACAACCUCAGAAAACGCCGUGGCCUCCACCGCGGCAUCAGCGUCAGACAAUGCCGGCUCGAGCAAAUCGGGUGCCGAGGUGCUACGUCAAACGCCAGAUCGCAUGCUGCAGCAGCCGGCUUGCACGACUAUUGCACGUACCACCAAGCUUGGCCCUUAUGCAGGUCUCGAGUUGGUCCUCGACAGUGUCCGCUCCUGGAGCUUAUGUAAACUGGAAUCCAGAGGUGUUGCACUGGAUCCUAUGGUGCGGUAUCUUGCGAAUCCGAACCAGCCCCCCAUUCAGGAUAGCCGGACCAUGUAUCGUACAUUUGAGCUGGUAUUCGACCUGUGGCAUCACGGAAAAGGCCAGCUGGCCGGCAUGGCGGCGAGGAGGGCAUUCUACAGUCUCGAGUUUGUCCUCACAGCAGAUCAUCCAGACCUUGUAUGGCAUAUACUGGAUACGGUGUACGACAUGGUAGACAGGGGUCAUAUUCAACUUCUGGGCAUGUUUCUCACACAUGCGAGAGAACUCUCAACAAGGCGUCUUCCACAAGAGCACCCUCUGGUGAAAAUCCUCCAGGAGCUCACAAAGUGCGACUAUCAGACCCGGCUGGGAAGGGAGCGGGUAUGCCAUCUCUUGCGGUCAGCCUGGCUACAAAAUGUGGACAUUCUCAGCGACCACAUUGGCUCUCCGGCGCCAACACAUCUCUGGCUCUACGAGCAACUGAUAUGGGAUGGCAGAACAAGUCUUCGCAGGGACUGUGAGCUGGCAAAGAGGGGAGAGACGAUGGUGGCGGCGCUGGCAGGCCUACACCAACUCGCCGACGUUGAUCCCCGAGUGUCCAAGUUGGAUAGAUUGCGAAUCAUGGCGCUCAUGUUGGAGUACACUCAGAUGGAUCUCGGCGAUAGACAAAAAGCAGAAGAACUCGCGGUCAAUUUGCUAAACCAAACAUCAUUGAAUAACGAAGCAAGCCGGUCCGAUGCCAGGUUCCAUGCAUAUGCCCGCAAGAUGCUGGCCAGACUGCAGGAACAUGAACAAGAUUGGGUCCGGGCGGAAGAGAAUCUCAGAUAUGCAGUCGAGAAGAGAGAGGCUGCCCACGGAACGGGCUCCGACUUGCGGGUGAUACGAGACAUGUGGGUGCUUGCUGGGUACUACCAGAGGACGGGAAGAGGUGGCGCUGCGAGCCAGAUUGUGGAUGACGCGAUAUCAAGAGCAGAACAGAUCCGCCACGAUGACGUUGGCGACCUCCAGGCACAUGCCAAUAGUGAACCACGUUCACCCAUCUCUCACAAUACACUGAUCAAACUGAACUUGAUUUAUCUGGCAACAAUUCGAAACGAAUCCCUCAAGUCCCAUACCAGUAGACAACAAUGUCUAGAGGACCGCCGCCAAAUUACUGUAACGUCUAUAACCACCGACGCCACUCACACAGCCCCGUCUAACAGCCAUCCAAGAUGCGAUUCUAGAAGUCACAGAAAAGGCUACGACGCAAGAAAUACGCAACGCCUACAAGCGGCACGUCUUCCCAAGCCCCCCCACGACCCGAAUCGCUUUGCAAAAAGCAACGACACCCCAACUAACAAUCUGCUCCUCAGCGCCGCGUUGAAAACUCACCCGGACCGUGUCGCAGCCGAUUCCCCGGAGCGCGACGCCCGCACCCGCAAGUUCCAACUCGUCAACGACGCCUACUACACCCUCUCCGACGCCACCCGCCGCAGAGACUACGACGCCCAGCGCAGGCUCUUCGGCCCCUCGGCCCCGGAGGCGGACCCCUUCGAGGAAGCCGACGAGGAGAUUCCACAGCAGCCGGGCGCCGCCGCCCAGGGCGCGUACUCGUGGGCGUGGAACUUCUUCAACAGUCGUGCCGCCGGGGCCGCCGACAACGCCGGGCGGGAGCGGACCGAAGAUGCCCAGUUCAGCGACGUCUUCGAGGAGAUGAUGCGGGAGGAGGGCAUGGCGGAGGACGGGUCGAAUGCGCCGACGAGCAAGUUCUGGAGUCUGGUUGGGGGCCUGAGCGGCGGUGCGUUGGGCUUCAUCAUCGCCAACUUCCCGGGUAUGUUGGCCGGUGCGGUGGCGGGGAACAGGCUUGGGGCGGUGAGGGACGCCAAGGGGAAGAGUGUCUAUGAGGUGUAUUCGGUAAGCUUGCUCUUGCCCUUGACGGCAUUCCAGGGCCUGCUUGGACGGUGA